AUGUCCCAAUUCUACGCCGGAGCCUUCGAGAUCCUACGUCGAGCAGUUGACGAUGAUGGAGAUUCCGACGACCCUGCAGACGCAGGCGACAAGGAGUUCUUUACAUCAUGGGCGCUCUUCAUUGUGAUCAUGCUGCUGAUCUCAGCCUUGUUCACGAGUUACCUCCUGCAACAGAAGAAGAUCCAGGCAGUACACGAAACAGUCGUCUCCAUAUUUGCUGGCAUGGUAGUGGGCUUGAUCAUACGGGUGUCUCCUGGUCGAUCGAUACAAGACAGUGUCAGUUUCGACUACCAGUUCUUCUUCAACUUGCUCCUUCCUCCUAUCAUCUUAGCUUCUGGCUAUGAACUGCACCAGGGCAACUUCUUCAGGAACAUAGGCACAAUCCUGACCUUCGCCUUCUUCGGAACAUUCAUAUCAGCCGUGUCAUUGGCCAUUAUACUGUGGCUUUGGACUAGAAUACCGCUCGAUGGCUUGAGCAUUACCUUCGUCGAGGCCCUGUCCGUAGGCGCGACUCUCUCUGCGACCGAUCCUGUCACAAUUCUGGCCAUAUUCAACCUCUACAAAGUCGAGCCUAAGUUGUACACCGUCAUCUUCGGCGAGUCGAUCCUCAACGAUGCUAUUGCCAUUGUUCUCUUCGAGACGGCACAGAGAUACAAAGAAGGAGCUGCUGCAGGCAAUUUGACUAUACUGAGCUUGUUCGAGGCUGUGGGCUUCUUCUUGCUGGUCUUCUCUAUCAGUGUCCUCGUUGGUAUCUGUAUAGGAGUCGGAACAGCCAUCAUUCUGAAGUAUACACUGGUCAGGAGAUAUCCCAAGCUCGAGGCCUGCAUAGUGCUUUUGAUUGCCUAUGCCAGCUACUUCUUCUCCAACGGUGUCAAAAUGUCCGGCAUUGUCUCUUUGCUUUUCUGCGGCAUCACUUUGAAGCACUACGCUUACUACAAUAUGUCUAGGAGGACACAACUUACCACAAAAUUCAUCUUUCAAAUCACAGCACAACUGUCCGAAAACUUCAUCUUCAUUUACCUUGGUCUGACUCUAUUUACUGAGACUGACCUUGUCUACAAGCCGCUGUUCAUCCUCGUAACAGUUGUUGGUAUCUGCGCUGCUCGGUGGCUGUCCGUCUUUCCACUUUCAAAAGUGAUCAACUACAUCAUACGUGUUCGAGCCCGCAGGCGUGGCGUCGAGGUUGCCGAAGAACUUCCCUGGCGUUAUCAGGCUAUGCUUUUCUGGGCUGGUCUUCGAGGUGCUGUAGGUGUGGCUCUAGCAGCUGGCCUGUCAGGCGAGAAUGGCGCCGCACUACGAGCCACAGUCCUUGUCGUGGUCGUGCUAACAGUCAUCAUCUUCGGCGGCACAACAGCACGAAUGCUAGAAAUCCUCGGCAUCAAGACCGGCGUCAUCGAAGAAAUAGAUUCAGACGACGAAUUCGACAUCGAAACCACAAACCAAGGAACAUACUACAAACGAGGCGGCCAAGCAUUCGGCCACACCCCCAAAGGCUCAGCCAACAUCGGCCUAGACUACUUCGGCGAAACAGACAACAAGCCAGCGAAUGGCCACACUCGCCCCUCUCGUCCACGCCAACAAGACCGCGGUUACAGCAGCAGCAACCGCCACUCACCCUCCUCCCGUGAACGCGCCAAGAUGGCCCGUAAGAACAGCCAAAAACUCCAACGCGACCGCGAUGACCUAGAACAGCGAAACCUUCUAUCCGGGCCCCUCAUCCGCUCAACCACAGGCUCCGACGACGAAGACGACUACGACCCCGGCGCAGAUCUCGACCUCCCUCCCGCCGCCCCACGACGCCAACAACAACCAUCCCCCCUCUACUCAUCACGAACCAACCAAUCCCACUCCAACCUCGCCGUCUCAGCCCCGGAAAUAAUGGUCAACGACGAGGACAUCACCGCACAGAGUUCUCCAGCCAGUAACAUGAACCGCCUCGUCGCACCCAUACAUCAAAGUGUACCGACCUCGUCAGCAGCGGGUAUCGGAGGUGGCGUAUCUGGGAUUAAGGAUCUUCUCAGGGGGGCCGCGAGGGGAGAUGUUGAUAGUGUGGCGUGGUUGAGGCAGCUGGAUGAGAAUUUCAUUAAGCCGACGCUUCUGCUGGAUCAGGGACAGGGACAGGCGCACGGGCAUGGACAUGGACAUAAAGGUGGGGGAGGGUCACCGGUUUGA